UCUUUCUCUUUCUGCACGGAAAAACCAAAAAAGAAAGAAAGGAAUAGAGGAAAACAAAGAGAAGCAGAACUUCCUCCUUCUCUAUUUCUCUUUCCCGCAACCUCAAUUUAUCGCUCCCGACGCAUCCAACAAUCGCUGAUUAAUUUUUCACACGCAGACCUGCAAUCUGUUGAUCGUUUCAAAACUUCACCUACCAAUUCACCAAUCUCGAACGCGGAGUCUCAUUAACUCCCUGAAAGAGCUCGCUUCUUCGACUUGGAACCGACUCCAUUGAAGGUAUUUCAGUUUCAAUUGGAGAAGAAACUCAAUUUGAUAUAUUGGGUAAGGUCUUCGCAUAUUUGGGAAUGGAUCUCGGAUUGUUUUGCUGUCGCCUUUCCUCAAAUGUCUGAUGAGUUUAUUCUUCUUGGAACUGGUUCGGAAUAAGAGCUUGAAAUUGGGUUCGUGUUGUGGCCGAGUAAUGCAGUAUGGACUCAGGCAUGUUAGGGUUUUGGAAUCGUAAAGACGAGUUACAGUUUACGGGUAAUUACCCAUCUGGUUAGCGUACUGGGAGCAUCACAAGGCUUUGGACAAAUCAUGGCUCUCCAAAAAAGUCUCCCAGCUGGUGAUGCGCCUUCUCUUAACAUGGGACCUUCAAAAUUUUCAAAUAAGGUGCAUGAGAAGGCUCCAUAUGCAGAGGCAGAAACAGCUGCAUGCCCUCCCAUGGAAGCUGAUGUAGAUAUUGACCUCAGAGAAGUUUACUUUCUGAUUAUGCAUUUUCUCUCUGCUGGGCCAUGUCAUAGAACUUAUGGACAGUUUUGGAAUGAGCUCCUGGAACAUCAACUUCUACCUAGAAGAUAUCAUGCUUGGUAUUCAAGGAGUGGGGUACGCAGUGGGGAUGAAAAUGAUAAUGGGUUGUCCUUCCCCUUGAGUUACAAUAAAUUGGUAGAGAGGUAUCCCCACAUUGAAAAGGAUCAUUUGGUGAAGCUUCUAAAGCAACUGAUUCUGAAUAUGGCCCCACCAUUGCAUGGUAUGAUCGGAGGAAACACACCAAAUGCAGCAGAUGUUCCAACAAUCUUAGGAUCGGGUUCCUUCUCACUUCUGGAAUCUGAUAGGAACAAACAUAAGCAAAUCAACCGCAUGCCUAGUUACUUGCGUUGGCCUCACAUGCAGGCUGAUCAGGUGCGUGGUCUAAGUUUGAGGGAAAUUGGAGGUGGUUUCACGAAACAUCAUCGUGCCCCAUCCAUUCGUGCAGCUUGUUAUGCAAUUGCUAAACCAUCAACGAUGGUGCAAAAGAUGCAAAAUAUAAAGAAGCUAAGGGGACAUCGGGAUGCUGUCUAUUGUGCCACAUUGGACUGCACUGGGAGAUAUGUGAUUACAGGUUCUGAUGAUCGUCUUGUAAAAAUUUGGUCAAUGGAAACUGCAUUUUGCUUGGCCAGCUGCCGUGGGCAUGAAGGGGACAUAACUGACUUGGCUGUCAGUUCAAACAAUGCUUUGGUGGCAUCCUCAUCAAAUGAUUUUGUCAUUCGAGUCUGGCGUUUGCCAGAUGGGCUUCCAAUUUCGGUUUUGCGGGGGCAUACUGGAGCUGUUACCACCAUUGCAUUUAGUCCGAGGCCUAGCUCUGUUUACCAGCUUUUAUCGUCAUCAGAUGAUGGUACAUGUCGGAUAUGGGAUGCUAGAAACUCCAACUUCAGUCCACGAGUUUACAUUCCAAGGCCUGUGGAUGUCACAGCUGGAAAGAGCAAUGGUCCCUCUUCAAGUAUUGGUCCUCAGAGUCAUCAAAUACUUUGUUGUGCAUUUAAUGCUAAUGGAACUGUUUUUGUCACUGGGAGCUCAGACACUUUAGCCCGGGUGUGGAAUGCUUGUAAAUCGAACACAGAAGACUCAGAUCAACCAAAUCAUGAGAUGGAUGUGCUAUCUGGCCAUGAAAAUGAUGUGAACUACGUGCAAUUCAGUGGUUGUGCUGUGCCAUCAAGAUAUUCUACAAUUGAUGCUUUGAAGGAGGAUAAUGUUCCGAAGUUCAAGAAUUCCUGGUUUACACAUGACAACAUAGUCACCUGUUCUCGCGAUGGAAGUGCUAUCAUUUGGAUUCCAAGAUCACGUAGAUCUCAUGGAAAAGUUGGACGCUGGACACGGGCAUAUCAUCUGAAGGUUCCGCCCCCACCAAUGCCUCCUCAGCCUCCUCGUGGAGGCCCACGUCAGAGAUUCCUUCCAACUCCUCGUGGUGUUAAUAUGAUUGUCUGGAGCCUGGAUAACCGUUUUGUGCUUGCUGCCAUUAUGGAUUGCAGAAUCUGUGUGUGGAAUGCUGCUGAUGGUAGCCUGGUCCAUUCUUUGACUGGUCAUUCUGAAUCUACCUAUGUUUUGGAUGUUCAUCCUUUCAAUCCCCGGAUGGCUAUGAGUGCUGGUUAUGAUGGGAAAACCAUACUGUGGGAUAUAUGGGAGGGAACACCCAUUCGCAUAUAUGAAACUGGACGCUUCAAGUUGGUAGAUGGGAAGUUUUCUCCGGACGGAACAUCAAUUGUACUUUCAGAUGAUGUUGGGCAAAUAUACAUAUUAAACACAGGCCAAGGGGAGUCUCAAAAGGAUGCCAAAUAUGAUCAGUUCUUCCUUGGGGAUUAUCGUCCCCUUAUACAAGACACCCAUGGGAAUGUUCUUGAUCAGGAGACUCAACUUGCUCCUUAUCGAAGAAAUAUGCAAGAUCUCCUCUGUGAUUCAAGCAUGAUUCCUUAUCCAGAACCUUAUCAGAGUAUGUACCAGCAACGGCGAUUAGGUGCAUUUGGUUUGGAGUGGCGUCCUCCUUCUGUAAAAUAUGCUGUUGGAGCGAAUACCAGUCUUGGCCUCCAAGAUUACCAAAUGCUGCCAUUGCCGGACUUGGACAGAAUGAUUGAUCCGUUACCAGAGUUCAUAGAUAUAAUGGAUUGGGAACCAGAAAUUGAAGUCCAAAGUGAUGAUACUGAUUCAGAAUACAAUGUUACUGAGGAAUAUUCAAGUGAAGGUGAGCAGGGAACCGCAGGUACCGGCUCUUCCAGUGAUCCAGAGUGCAGCGGAGAAGACAGUGAGGUUGAGCACAGCCAUAAAGACGGCCUUCGCAGAUCAAAAAGAAAGAAACACAAAGAAGUUGAGUUUAUGACUUCUUCUGGGAGGCGUGUUAAGAGGAGGAAUUUGGAUGAGCGGGAUGGCAUUCUAUCUAGGACUAACAGGGCUAAGAAAUCAAGAAGCAGACGGAAAGCUUCAAGGAUGAAAUCCUCUACUUCAAAAUCGUCACGUCCCCGGAGAGUUGCUGCUCGGAAUGCUCUUAAUUUGUUUUCUCGAAUCACUGGAGCAUCAACUGAUGGAGAAGAUGAAGUUGGCUCAGAAGGUGAUUCAUCAGAUAGUGAAUUAAUGAACAUUCGUAGCUAUGAAUCUGACAGAUCUAUGCAUAAUGGGCAAGAGAAACAUCCUAGGGAGAAAGAAUCAUUUUUGCAUGCGACUGAAGAUGUGUUCAAACCUCCUGAAGUUCCUGAAUCUGUUAAAAAUACAGGGAACAGGAAGAGAUUGGUCCUGAAAUUUUCGAAGAAGCCUCUAGAGGGUACAAGAUAUGGUGUUGAAAAUCUGGUCAGUUUAGUGGGUUCAUCAUCCAGAAAUCCUCCAGAAAUUAGUAAAGCAUAUUUAGGCUCUAAAGAUCCAGGUUCUUCCUCUGGCCAUGCAAUUGACACUGUGCUGUCUCAAAACUGCAACGGAAACAAAAUCAGAGGGAGAACACUAUAUGAAAGGUCUGAGGAUCAUUUGGACAUGCCUGCAGGAUACAAGGAUAACAAAAUUAGAUGGGGAGAGGUCAAGGCACGCACAUCCAAGCGUUUGAGAUUAGGCAUGCCAACCGAUGCUUGCCCUGGAUCUAUUGUUAGUCAUGAUGGCCACAAGGAAUUAGGAAAUAGUGUCGAUGAACUUAUGAAACCUGAAAACAAGAAGGAAAGGGCUUCUCCUUGUGCUUCAGAAGGUUUGGAUGGUGCAAGAAGUAAAGAGCUUGCUCCUGAGUUAGUACAUGAGUCUGGAUUAUUUAAGCUCUCAUCCCCUGAUGAACUCCAACAGAGAAGAGUUGCAUCCCCAGUUAAUUGUAAUGGAUAUGUUAACAGGGGAACUGAUGACCAAUCUGAGCUUCUUGAGUCCAGAGAUUAUGGUGACAUGGUAAAAGAUGAAAAAAUUGAAUCUCUGUGUUUUACCAAUCACUCUGAGGAAGCGAAAGAGAAUCCUCCACCUAGUUCUACCAAGUUUAGGAUUAGAACGAAAUGGAGUUCGAGGGAACCUGAAAGUCCUUCCAAGCAUAAUCCUGUUACCACAACUGAGGAGUGGAGGAGUUCUGCAUGUGAAUCAAUGUUGAGAAGUCCAAUGCCCAUGGAACAGAACCUAAUUUUGGGAGUGCCUGGUGAGGAUGAAGGUACAAGUGGACACAACCAAGAUCAUGGGGACUUGAAUGGGUUAGGGAAAUCAGAGGCUUUAAUAGAUAAAGGCUUUAGUUCAUCUGCUUUACAAGAUUUGAAAGGGUUGCAUUCAGAUUCUAACAAUAAGAUAUGCCAUGUUGUUUAUAAACGAUCAAAGUCUUAUAAGGCUAGACUUGAUUCAGAAGGUGAUGGUGGUGGUACGGGAGAAAGUUCUUCUCCUACAAGCAACCAUAAUCUUGACUUGAGGAUGGACUUCCCAGCAGAUGCUCCUGAUGAGCCCCGUAGAACAAGAUCCAUGGGAAUGAAUGCAACCAUGCAGGAAUCUAAUACUCUGAACCGGAACUUCAUAGUGAGGGAAGGUUAUGGGUCAGCUGAAACAUCAAAAAGUGCAGACAAGUUUACCAGGAACACACCUGAGCAGCUCCUAUGUGAAGAAUGGAGAUCACAUUCAAAAAUGCCUGUGGGCCUAAGGUCUGCUAGAAACAGGAGAGGCAAUUAUUAUGAUGGGGACAUGAAUCUUCAAGAUAAGAGGAAGUCAUAUCAUUCAGUGAGGAAAUUCUCUUGGUUAAUGUUAACGGAGCAUGAAGAGGGCUACCGGUAUAUUCCUCAGUUGGGCGAUGAAGUCAUAUACUUGAGACAGGGACAUCAAGAAUUUAUGGAAAUGAGCCAAACAGUAGAAGCUGGACCCUGGAAAUCAAUCAAAGGAAAUGUGGGAGCAACUGAACUCUGUAAAGUUAAUGAACUUGAUUAUUCCACUCUUGCGGGAUCUGGGGAGAGCUGCUGUAAAAUCACACUUGAAAUCAUAGAUUCAGUUUCCAGUGUGUUUGGUAGAACAUUCAAGUUGACUCUUCCUGAACUGAAUGAUUUCCCAGACUUUAUUGUUGAAAAAACACGGUAUGAUGCUGCAAUCAAGAGAAACUGGACACACAGGGAUAAAUGUCAAGUCUAUUGGAGAGAGGAAAAUGAAGAAGGUGGGAGUUGGUGGGAAGGUCGGAUUCUGGCUGUGAAACCCAAGUCUUCCGAAUUUCCAGACAGUCCAUGGGAAAGAUUUGUUGUUUCAUACAAGAGUGAUUCUACUGGACAGCAUCUACAUUGCCCUUGGGAACUGCAUGAUCCUGAUAUCCAAUGGGAACACCCUCAUAUUGAUGAGCAGACCAGAGAAAAACUUUUAACUUCUUUCACCAAGUUGGAACAAUCAGCUAGGAGAAAAGAGGACUAUUAUGGGAUUCAAAAAUUGAAACAGGUUGGACAGAAGUCAGAUUAUUUAAACAGGUUUCCAGUACCGCUGUCCUUGAAAGUAGUCCAGCAAAGGUUGGAGAACAAUUAUUAUCGUAGCUUGGAGGCAGUGAGGCAUGAUGUUACAGUGAUGCUGUCCAAUGGCCAAUCCUACUUUGCAAAAAAUAUGGAGCUUUCAACGAAGAUGAGACGGCUAUCAGACUGGUUCUCACAGAAGCUGUGAUCAUUUUAGGUUUUCUCUAAACAGUUUUGUAGAAGACUCAAGAGUCUCAGGUUUCAGCGAGUCCUCUUUGGUUUUAUUUGUAGAUAUCUUUUCUUCGUUGGUAUUUAUUGAAGGUCUUUUUACCUAUCGAUCCAAUUUUGGGGAUUUGGUUUUCCUUUUAACGAUUGUUAAGGUGGGGGUGGAGAGAGAGAGAGAGAGAGAGAGGAGGCAGUUUGUCUUGGAAAACCACACACGCGAGCCAUUCAUUCAUGUAUAGAGACAGACACGACUACUGUCGUUAUCCAUUAUAUUUUGCAAUAAGAAGAGAGAGAAGGUAAAAGGUUCCACAUCAUUCUUUCUUCAA